GCAAGAUCUUCAUUCUUGCAACUCAUAAAGCGAGAAUAACUACCCGUAGGAUCACUUCUCAAUUUCCCAUCGACAGCACACACCAUGAGCUCCCGCAGCGCCCGCAUCACCAACAACAGCGGUAACUUUGCUACUACGUCGCCCUCAAUGGCGCUAUACUCUUGGUGCGACGCCUUGGCAGCGACUGCACUUCGCCGACCAGCAGUUGCAGUACCUCGUCCCAGUGUUUCCAACACCCGGACCAUGCAUCGUGCUGGCCGCACUUCAAAACAAGUGAUGCCUCCACGAAAUGCGCUGAAGAAACAACAGGAAUCCAUGGCCAAGUCACGAGCGAGUAGUGUAAAGGGCAGUGGUGGCGCAUCCAAGUCAGUGGCUUACAGCUCCAUCAUGCAGCAAGCAAAGUUGGCCACUGCAUUCCUUUGCGUCGUGCCCAAGCUCAUGUGAAUGACCUAGGAUAUGUAUGCAGGUGGGGAUGGCCCGUUAAUUAGCCUAAUUUAAAGAUACGAUUGCUUUUCAAUUCACUCUCAACUGUGCUACCGAUACAGUAAGGAGCUGCUUGCAGAGUAGUUGUGACAUGCAUCCUCCUUGAUUCGUC